UUCAAGCCUGAAAGGGUGCCUCCGAACCUGGAUGUAAUUGUGAUUGGAAGUGGACCCUCAGGUUUGAGUUCUGCGUUUUUACUGGCCAAGGCUGGAAAGAAGGUCCUGGUGUUGGAGCAACAUGACACAGCUGGUGGAUCCCUGCAUACAUUUGUGGAUCAUGGGUAUGAGUUUGACUCAGGACAUCACAUCUCUAUUGAUGUUGGAGAAAAUAGUCUAGCUGGCCUCUGCCUGAAAGUACUUUUGGAUGGGAAAGUGGAAUUUUCUCAAUCAAGUACUUUUUACCCUGUGGGUGGUACAUCAAAGAUGGUUUACCAUGCUUCCAAAAAUGUGAGGGAUGCUGGGGCAGAGAUUCUAGUACGAGCAAAAGUUGUCAAAAUCAUUACCCAAGGUGAAAGAGCUAUUGGAGUCACUGUGCAAAAAGGCUCAACCACUACAGAUGUGUUUGCACCCAUAAUCAUUUCCUCAGCUGAGUGGUACAGAGAAGCUAAACCCUUUAUGAACAAACCCACUGGCUACUAUCAGCUAUUUGUUGGGUUGAACAAGACUGCAGAAGAACUUGAAUUACCAUGGCAACCCAUCAGAUGUUUUGCCACAAACAAGGAAUGUGGAGAGGUUUUCAAUGAUUAUCUGUCCCUAUCUCUGGAAGAGGCACUGGAGGUGGACAUUCCUUUGUUGAUUUUCAACUUUGGUUCUGCAAAGGAUUCCACCUUCAAUCAGAGGCAUCCA